AUCUCUAUUCUCUGCUAAAUAUAAUAAUAUAUGAUAAUACAUUAUACAUUCGGUAAUCGAUACAAGCAAUAACACUGAAAUCGAAAUUCAAAUUCACUUUCUAGUUUUGACUUCUUAACAGGUAUACGACCAGUAGGUGACUGUAAGACUGUAAGUCUCAAGUCAUGAGCGAUACGCUAUAAUUCACAGUCAUUCCGUUUGCGUAAUCGAAGUUUCCUAUACUCACAGAUACUCAUCCUAGGUUUACCACUAUUAUUUUUUAGUAUUUUUAAUCAUGGAAUCAAUCACCAAAAACUUUAAUAAUGCACACCUGGGUGACAAAGACUCAAAUGAUCCAACUGCGGAAACUCAAAGCAACACUUCUACCGAAGAUGACAAAGAAUUGCCAGCGUCUGAAAAAUCUUUAUUGCAGAAAAUUGUACGUACUGGUCUUAUAACAUCUAAACAUGACAUUGAGGUGCAAAGACGGGACCCAAAAUCACCAUUAUAUUCAAUCAAAUCAUUUGAGUUACUUAAACUUCAUCCAAAUUUGCUUAAAGGAGUUUAUGAAAUGGGUUAUAAUGCACCGUCAAAGAUACAAGAGACUGCAUUGCCUUUACUCUUGGCCAAUCCGCCUCAAAAUUUGAUUGCUCAGUCACAGUCAGGUACUGGAAAAACAGCAGCAUUUGUUUUGGCUAUGUUAAGUAGAGUUGAUCCGGAUUUGCAUUAUCCACAGGUAGUUUGUUUGUCUCCCACGUAUGAAUUGGCUAUUCAAACGGGGGAAGUAGCAGCAAAAAUGUCUACCUACUGUCCAAACAUUAGGUUAAGGUAUGCUGUUCGCGGUGAAGAUGUUGAUAAAGGUUCCAAAAUAGAGGAACAAAUAAUUGUGGGUACACCUGGAAAAGUUUUGGAUUGGGCAACAAAGUACAAAUUUUUUAACCCAAAACAUAUUAAAGUAUUUGUGUUAGAUGAAGCUGAUAUUAUGGUUGACACCCAAGGUCAUCAAGAUCAAAGUUUCCGCAUUAGAAAGUUACUACCAGAAACAUGUCAAAUGAUGUUUUUUUCGGCAACAUAUACAGAAGAUGUUAUGAGGUUUGCCAAUGCUAUUGCUCCUAUGUCUGUCAUCAUAAGAUUAAAACGUGAGGAAGAGACAUUAGAUAAUAUCAGACAAUAUUAUGUUAACUGCAACAAUAAAGAAGAUAAAUACAAUGCAUUAGUUAAUAUUUAUGGAGGAGUGACUAUUGGACAGGCUAUGAUCUUUUGUCAGACAAAAAAAAUGGCUUUAUGGUUAGUUAAUCAAAUGGCAGAACAAGGACAUGCUGUAGCUUUAUUAUCUGGUGAACUCACAGUCCAACAAAGAAUAUCUGUUUUGGACCGUUUCCGCGAAGGAAAAGAAAAAGUUCUGGUUACUACAAACGUAUUGUCUAGAGGUAUUGAUAUUGAGCAAGUCACAAUUGUUAUUAAUUUUGAUUUGCCUGUGACAGUCACUCGCGAUCCUGAUUUUGAUACAUAUUUACACAGAAUAGGACGUACUGGUCGUUUUGGUAAAAAAGGUAUUGCUAUUAACCUUGUAAGUGGUAGUUCGGAUCAUUUUGUAUUGAAACAAAUUGAAGAACAUUUUUGUAAACCUAUUGAAUGUUUGAAUACCGACAAUGCAGAUGAUAUGGAAAAAUUAGGAGCCGAAGAUUGAUUUGUAAUAAUUAUCUGUAAUAUUUUUCUUUAUUAUCUUUUAUUUUAAAUUGUACUAUAAAUUAUGGAUCAUUUAAACCUGUAUUAAGAAAGUGAUGUUAACUUGAUAAAUAUUUAGUGAUUUUUUGCUCAAAACAUGCUUUACGGACCACUAAACGACGCUAAAGACCACUAAGAGGUCUGAUUUGAUUAAUUUUUUUUUUCGUUGGAAAGGGGAUAUUUUUUUACAGGGUGCAUUGGACUUUGAUUUUUAAUUUUGUUGCUUAAAACAAUUAUAAUAAAAAUAACAAAAUCUUGUGAAAAUUGGUCAUAUUAAAAAUCGUAUUAUAUGGUUUAGAAAUAGAAUUUUUAAAAUCCAAGUCCAAUGCAACCUGUAAGAAGUGUUUCUCUUUAAAAAAUAAAAAUUUCAAAAUCAGAUCACUUUACGUGGCGUGAGAGUUUUUCCUGUAAGGCAUGUUUUUGAGCAAAAAAACAGGUCACGUGCAGGCCCCUUAAUUAAAAUUCAGAUUCAAAAUCUUUUCAACAAAAGUUGUUUUUAUACUAAUUUUUAAAUAAAAAUAAAAAUAAUUUAUCAUUAUAAGUAAACAUUUUUAUAUUAAAUACUUAAGUAUUUUUAUUUUUAAGUUUUGUGACAUCUAAAUUUUUACAUUUUGAUAAAAUAAAUAAAUUUAGAUUCAUUUAAUUUGAAUGAACAAAUGAUAGGUAUAAUAUUUAAAUCAACUGCUUGAAAAUAAAAAAAAAAUAUUUACUCAUUUA